AUAAAUAAUAAUUUUAAUCAAUUAAUUUAUAGUGUUUAUGUGAUUUUAAGAAUUUACGUCACAGGAUAAUAAUUUUUAAAUCAACAUGACUUAGGAGAAACAUUUUCAAUCUUAAAUACCAAAAACUUGUAUAAAAUGUUACCAAAAUGUAACUUUGUAAGUUUACACGAAGAUAAACAAAUACCGAUAACUACCACAACAAUGCCUUCAUUUUUAUCACAAGAUACAUCAAAUCAAACAACAACAAUGGUGACCCAAUCAUCAGAUAAAAAGCGCGGACAAAAAACACGUAAACUUGUUCAUACAUUUGAUUUUGACUUAAGUGCAAUACCACCUGAAUCCCAAGAAAGUUCACCCGUACAAGAAGAACACCUAGAACCAUUAAAACUCGCUGCAAAACCUUCAACUAGUGGUAGUGGGUCAAAAAAGACUGAUUUAAGAAUUGAAUUACCUGUACAACCUACAUUAGUAGUACAAUCACCAAAAACUCCAACAUUAUCUAGAAAAUUAAAAGCUGUGUCCUUGGAUUCCGAUUCAAAUGCUUCAAAUUCACCAGCAGAUUGUUUAGAAGUACCACGCGAUACAUUUUCUAUGCCAAAUACACCGAAAAAACAAAUUCCAAAAACACAAGCUCAAAAAUUUGGAAUUCGUUCACAUUCAGGUACAAGUUUAGGUCUAGAGAAUUCAACCAGUUCAAAUUUAUCAAGUUUUGGAUCGAAUCAAAGUAUUUCUGGAUCACAAACGUUAAAAACCUUACCAGAAGUUAUGACUUUGUCUGAUUUUAGUCAAGGAAAAACUGAACCGGUUCGUGUGAAAGCGAAAGGUUUAUUAGAGAGGCGUGGUUCGAAUGUUAGUUUGACAAUAGAUUUAUGUGCUGUGGAAGCGAAAAAUACACAUAAUUAUCGUUUAAAUUCAGCACGAAGUGUAUCGAAUUUAAAUUUAACGAAUGUAGGUAAUGAAAAGUGUAAAUGUAAGACUGAAACGAAAUGUGAAUGCAUGCCAAAGAGAAAAGAUUGUAAAAAAUGUUCGGGAAAUUUGAAAAAAUUUCAAAAAUUAUCAACUGAAAGUUGUUUAUGUGAUGAAAAUAUUAAUAAUUUAAAUUGUCAAGGAUAUAAAAUGUGCCAAUAUUCAAGAUUGGGAUGCUUAAAUUAUCUCUCGUAUAUGCGACGAAAAUCGCUAUCGAAUGAAAACUUAUACAUCGGACCUAGUUAUGAAUUUAAAAAAGCUCACAAGAAAAGCGAAUACCCGAAGAAUAUUGUUGCAUCACAAUUUAAAAAUCAAAUAUUAAGUGAAGAUUUUCAAUUACAUUUACAAAAUAUACAAUAUCUACAGACGGCGGGUAACGUGUUAUCUAAGAAACAGUUGAAGGAAUCUUGUAAAAUGGAACAUUUGAAAGAUUUGCAUAAAGAGUUUUGGGAAUUACCACAAAAUUUUCAAGAGAAAAGUUUUGUUAGUGGCAGUCAAAGUAAAAAUCGUUAUAAAACAAUUUUACCAAAUGAACAUUCUCGUGUUGUUUUGGAUUUAGGACCUGGACAAGAUUCUACUGGUGCUGACGGAUAUAUAAACGCUAAUUAUAUUAAGGGCCAUGAUUAUACAGAAACAGCAUACAUAGCAACACAAGGACCAUUACCCCAUACAACGCAAGACCUUUGGCAUAUGGUAGUACAAUCGGACACGCAAAAAGUUGUAAUGUUAACACCGAUACAAGAAAAAGGACGUAUCAAAUGUGAAAUAUAUUUCCCCGAAAAACUCCAUGAAUGUAUAACAUGUGGAAAAUUUGAAAUAAAAUGUAUAAAUAUUCAUAAAGAAAAAUCAUAUUGUAUUCGAACAUUACGUGUACGUGAUACCACCAUUAAGAUCAGUGAUACCACAAUACAAAAAUCAUAUAAUAUUAACAACUGUACAAAAUAUUGUUGUAAACAAAGUGGCAAAUCAAAAAAAUUAUCAGAAAAUAAUCAAAUUAAUCAAUCACCAAAUCAUACGUUGAGUCCUCUAAUUACAAACAAUAAUGAAUUCUUUAACGAUGGGGGAGGAGAAUUAGAAGACGAUGAUGAUGAUAUUUUUACAAAUAUUGAGUAUCGUCCUCAAUCAAAUCGCCCUCGACAAAAAUUACGCUCCCGUGAUUGUAAAUUUUCUGAUGAUUUUACUGAUGUAUUAAAUUUCGAUUUACAAAGUUCUAAUGAUUCAAACGAUGUUAUUGAUACCGAUGUUAUCUAUGAAUCGGAUCGAAUUGUACAGCAUUAUUGGUAUCAAACGUGGCCGGAUCAUAAUUUAGCAAAUACUGAAGAAAUUUUAGCAUUAGCGUUAGAUGUCUUAGAUUUGCGAAAUGAAAUUGAAUCAUUAUUCGUUGAUAUAAAUCGAACCCCCGCAUCACCUCCUCCUCCACCUAGUCAUAAUAAUUUAGUAAAUAAUAAAAUUAGCACAAAACAUGAGUAUGAUAAUUGCCAAAGAAAUAAUCUUGCCAGUAAUAUAAAUAAAUCUGAAUUUCAAAAGCAUAUUGAUAAGUUAAAAGAAAGUAAUUUUAAUACACGGUGUCAGAAAAGUGUAAGUGAUAAAAAGAAUUUUCAACAAUCUGUACCAAUUAUUGUUCAUUGUUCAGCUGGUAUUGGACGUACGGGCUGUUUUUUAGCCAUUUUAAAUGGUAUACAACAAUUAAAACAUAAUUUUAAUGUUGAUAUAUUAGCGAUUGUUUGUGCGUUGCGAUUAAAUCGCGGUGGAAUGGUACAAACGGCUGAACAGUAUGAACUCAUACAUAAAGUGCUUGCAUUGUACAGUGAAUACGUAGAUAAAUAAUUAUUACAAUUUUUUUAGUUUGGAUUUUAAGGAUUUUAAUUUAUUUAUAAGGAUUUACUAUUCUCAUUGACGAUGUUGAUAGUAGGUCGAUUUUAAAUAUUGACUGAGUGCUUUCGCCUUUUGAAAAAUACAACUUUAGAAUGAAAAUUUUGAAUGAAGUGGUGCAUUCUCUUUCUAAGCGCCUGGAACUUUUCUAUUUAGUGGUUAGCUUAAAAUUAUUGAAUGAUCAAAAAUCGUUUUGUCUGAUACAUCAAUAACUCAUAAAAAGCUAAAUCAGUCAAUAAAAAUUUAGACAAUAUUUUAAAAAAAAAAUGGCUUGAAAGUUUAGGCCAGGAGACAUACGAGUAUUUAAUUCAACGCCCAUUAUAACAAAAAUGAGUCUUAAAAAUUUUAUUUCUAAUUUGAUUGUCUACAUGACUUUUGUCAAAAGUUCAGUUUUUUGUAACAAUAGUCGGGACUAAUUUGUUUAUAUUAUUAUUGCUGCAAAUUUUUCAAAUAAGAAAUGACAGAAUAUAGAUACUAUCAACACAUGUUUAUGUACUAUGGAAAUUUUACCAGGUGCCUAAUUUAGUAAAUUAUGUUACUGGAUUUGAUCCCCGGAAAUUGUGUAUGUAUGUCACGUUUCUACUAUUUACAUAUUCAUAUUCAGAGCGUCUAAAGUUGAUUUUGAAAUAUGACUCUAGACACGUCAUUGUAUGUGUCACAUUAACUGUCUAUUUGAUUUUCUAUUUUACUGAAAUUAACGCUCAGCUUGAAUCAGCAAAUGCCUUCACACUUAGUUUAAUUUUAAUGUUAUACUAAUAGGAGAGAGAGGGGUAGCAGGAAAAGUCCAAGGAAGAGAGAUAAAUGUAAAGGAGGAAACAUAGAAAGAAAAUUGACAAUCAUAAUGGUUGAAAAAAUAUAGUUACUUAUGUUACUCCGUCUCCUUGUUCACUCCAGCAGCGUUAUCAUUCUUCCUACUUCCAUAAAUAAUUUAAUUUGCUUUACUACAUUUUUCAAAUUUCUAAAAACAUUUAUAAAUGAAAUAAAAUCCUUAAAAAAGUCAGUGUAGAGUAGUAGUCACGAAAACUUUA